CGUUUAUCUACGCUUGGUGUAGCUCAAAACAGUUUACUAAUAAACUGUUUUGAGGUUUUAUCUCUAUGGUUAUACAAAGGGAAAGUUUAAAUCGUUUUUUAAAGACUGUAUUCUGUAAUGUUUAUAACAUUUUAGGAAUAGUUUUGGUUGAAGUGUUGAACAUUUUGUGGUAAAAAGUUUUCUAGUAAACAAACCAUGCUCCCGAAAGCCAUAAAAUCACGCUUGAUAAAAUGGCUCGAAGACCACCGUGAGCUGGUGGUGCUUCUGUUCUGUUUGCCAGCAAGCUUCAUAUUUACCAUGCUCAUGAAAAUACGCGCAAACAUGGGACGUUCGUCCAGAAAAAGCAACAGCCACGAAAGCGCAGUGCGGGAAAUACAGAAAAAAGUACAAGCCUGGAACAAGCUGCCAACCAAUCGGCGGCGACUGCUGUGCACUUCGCGACCCAAUUGGCUCUCAUUAUCCACAACAUUCUUCCAGAAACAUCUACAUCACCAGGUGCCAAUCCCGCUUUACGAAAUCCUAGAGCUAAACGAAAAGGCGAUGACUGUGCGAGUGGAGCCGAUGGUCACGAUCGGUGAUAUCACCGAGUACCUAAUACCCAGAGGGUACUCGCUCGCCGUCACCAUUGAACUAGUUGACGCUACGUUGGGAGGUCUAGCAUUCGGCACGGGCAUGUCAACACACUCACACAAAGCUGGCCUGUACCACGAAACGAUCACAAGCUACGAAGUUGUUUUAGGCGACGGCUCUCUCGUCACAGCCACUAAAGACAAUGAAUACGCGGACCUGUACAAGGCAUUGGCAUGGUCGCACGGCAGUUUGGGAUUUUUGGUCGCGUUGACAUUGAAAAUUGUGAAAAUAAAACCUUAUAUCAAAAUUAGAUACAUCCCUGUACAGGGACAGAAAGAAUACUGUGAUAUGCUUAGGGACUUAUCUGGAGCGAACGAAAAAGAACCUGAAGAAUUUCCCGACUACAUAGAAGGAACCAUCUUUAGUAAAGACGAAGCUGUAAUCAUGGUUGGAGAGUAUUCUGAUAAUAAUCCUUAUAUACCGAUUAACGAGUGUUCAAAAUGGUAUAAACCAUGGUUUUAUAAACACGUCGAAACAAUUUUAAGUGAAGGGGAAAUUACAGAACUGAUCCCUUUGAGAGAUUAUUUGCUAAGACAUAAUAGAGCGAUAUUCUGGGUUGUAGAAGACAUGCUGUCCUUUGGUAAUAAUCCUAUAUUCAGGUUUUUAUUUGGAUGGUUGUUACCCCCAAAACCUGCAUUUUUAAAGUUCACUACGACACCAGGGAUCCGUGCAUAUACGUUCACGAAACAAGUUUUUCAAGAUAUAGUGCUACCAAUAAAAGAAUUAGAAAAACAGAUUGAAGUAGCAACGGAAUUAUUUGACAAAUAUCCUCUAUUAGUGUAUCCGUGUAAAAUCAUCGACCACGGUCCAAUGUCUGGGCAACUGAAACGCCCUGAUGCCAAGUAUUUAGUACCAGGUACUAAUUACGCCAUGUAUAAUGAUUUGGGAGUAUACGGUGUACCUGGUAAGGUAAAGAAGAAUAAGCCUUACAACCCGGUAAUAGCCAUGAGAAAAAUGGAAGAGUUUACUAGGAACGUUGGAGGUUAUUCAUUUCUUUACGCGGAUAUAUUUAUGACAAGAAAAGAAUUUGAAUCUAUGUUCGAUUUGUCACUUUACGAAGUUGUAAGAAAGAAAUAUAAUGCAGAAGGCGCUUUUCCGCACUUGUACGAUAAAGUGAAACCCGAAAUUGACGUUUUUGCUAUUGGUGAAGAGAAUGCUAUUAGUGGAUGAUAUUGGAGUUGAUGAUAUUGAUCGUGUUUAUGUUUAGAUUUUAAGU